AUGCAAACUCGUUCACAGUCCGAGCUCCAACAGCUUCAAGAAUCGGUGGCAGCUCUCUCGGCUUUGGUUCAGGACCUUAGGACGACUAUGGACGAGCGUCACGACUCCACUGUGGCUGCGAUUUCUGCUCUCCAACGCCGAUCGUCUUCUCCCCCACCGUCGUUAAUGGUUCCUUCCUCGCCCCCUCUUCCUUCAGAGGUCGCCCCGGAAGUCGAGCCCCUUCCUUCUCCGCCAAAAAUUCACUUGCAACUGUUUGAUGGUUCCAAUCCCUUGGAUUGGUUGUUUCAUGCUGAUCAGUUUUUUGCUUAUUACGCCGUUCCCCCAAAGCUUCGCCUUCGUCGCAUUUCUUGUUACAUGAGUGGUGAUGCUCUCGCGUGGUUCCAGUGGAUGCAUAACAAUGGGCUUCUCUCGACUUGGCAGGAGUUUGUUUCUGCAUUGGAGCUUCGCUUUGGGCCGUCUUCAUAUGAGAAUCAUCGCCAAGCCCUCUUUAAGCUCCGUCAAUCGGGUUCCAUUGUUGACUACCAACGUGAGUUUGAGCAACUCUGCAAUCGGGUUGUGGGUCUCUCCCCUGAGACGGUUUUGGAUUGUUUUCUAUCGGGUCUCUUGCCCGAGUUCCAGCGCGAAAUGGCCAUUUUUCAGCCACGUUCAAUUUCGCAGGCUAUUGGGCUUGCUAAGCUCUUGGAGUCUAAGUUCAACGAUCGCCCUUUUCUGGGCCGCGCCAUUCCGGCGCCCUCGCCCCUUUCCCGGACUGCGGCCCCUGUUCUUACCGCGCCAGUUUCUGCUGCGCCACGUUCUGCCCCACCGGUGUUUCCCGCCCGUCCGGCCCUUCCCAUUAAGCGCUUAUCACCGGCGAAAAUGCAGGCUCGUCGUGCCAAAGGCCUUUGUUUCAAUUGCGAUGAGAAGUUUUACUCAGGUCACCGUUGCCGCCCGAAGCAAUUUUUAUUGCUCCUCGCUGAUGAGGACGCCCCUCCUGCUUCCUCCGUUUCUUUGGAUUGUCUAGACGAUGAUUGCUCGUCUCCGUUGGCGAGUGACACUCCUCCCCCACUGCCGGUUUCUCUGUUGUCGUCGUCUUCUCCUAUUCCUUCACAUUUUCACCUUUCUAUUGAUGCGGUUUCGGGUAUGCAAUCUCCUCGUACGCUGCGCCUAACGGUGUACAUUCAGGGUCGCCCAGUGUCGGUUCUCGUUGAUUCCGGAAGCUCGCAUAACAUUCUGCAACCUCGCAUUGCCCAAUUAUUGGACUUGAAAGUACAUCUUAUUGUUCCUUUUUCAGUUUUGGUUGGUAAUGGAGCUUCCAUUGGUUGUUCUGGUGUUUGUUCCGAUGUACCUAUUCAAUUGCAGCAGCAUGCCUUCCGUAUUUCAUUCUAUCUUCUACCGGUGCACGGCGCGGAUGUCAUUCUUGGCGUUCAGUGGUUGCGUACCUUGGGCCCAUUUGUUUCUGAUUUUUCGAUUCCUUCAAUGCAGUUCUACUAUGAUGGGUCUUUGGUUGUACUCGUCUGUGUCGCAUCAGUCCACGCGGUGUCCAUGUUACCUGUUGAGGAUGCCACCCGUUUUCCGCUGACUUCGCUGGCACUUGAUGUUUCGGCAGACUUGGCUGCGCUACUGCAGCGCUAUGCAGCAGUGUUUGCUCUUCCGCGCGGUUUACCUCCGCCUCGGGCUCACGACCAUCGUAUUCAUCUUGUGCCCAACGCACACCCGGUGGCUUCACGCCCCUAUCGUUACCCGCAUUUUCAAAGGAAGGUUAUGGCAACUCUUAUCUCCGAGAUGCUUCGGGAUGGAUUAAUCCGGCCAAGCACUAGCCCCUAUUCUUCUCCAGUUCUGUUGGUCCGAAAGAAGGACGGCUCGUGGCGUUUUUGUACAGACUACCGGGCCCUUAACGCUAUCACGGUGAAGGACCGUUUUUCGAUACCCGCUAUUGAUGAAUUGCUCGAUGAGUUGCAUGGCGCCGCCUACUUCUCCAAACUCGAUUUGCGUUCGGGUUAUCAUCAAAUUCGCAUGUGUCCGGAGGACAUCACUAAGACGGCUUUUCGCAGUGUUGACGGCCACUACGAGUUCGUGGUCAUGCCCUUCGGGUUGACCAAUGCUCCUUCGAUCUUUCAGUCGGCUAUGAAUGAUUUAUUCCGCCCAAAUUUACGUCGAUAG